UACAUUUGUAAUUUAGUAGUAUAUUUAAGAUUUUUUUAACCUGUUUAUACGUUUUGCAUCUUGUUGAAAAUUACUGGUAAUUAGUAAAAAUCUAAUUAGUUAAACAUGAAUAGUAUACAGACAUUAAAAGAUAAUUUUGAUAUAUUGGUAAUAGGAGAUCAUCAAGUAGGGAAGAGUUCACUUAUUUUAAAUUAUUUACAUGAUACAUUUAUAAAUGAUAUUGAUGCAUCAGUUGAAGAUUUACAUACAAAAGUUAUAAGUGAAAAUAAUGAAUAUUAUGAAUUAUCUAUAUUAGAUACUUCAUCAGUAACUGAUCUGUAUGCUAGAUCAAGACAAAAGCAAAUUAUAAAUGCAUCUACUUUAUUAUUAGUAUAUUCUACAACCAAUACUGAAUCUUUACUUCAUUUACAUGAUAUUUAUGAUAAAAUACUUUCUAUAAGACCACUUUUACCUCCAAUAGUAGUGGUUGGAACUAAAUUUGAUUUAGUAGAUGAAAGACAAGUUAGUUGGGAAGAAGGUCAUGAAUUUUCUAAGAAUAUUAAUUCAGUAGGAUUCUUUGAAUGUUCAGCCAAGAGUAAUGUAAAUGUUGAUGAAGCCUUUCAAAGAUUAGCUGAUAUUGUUUUAUCUAGACAUCAAGCAGAUGUUCAACAACAAAAGAGAGCCAAACUGAUAACUGUUAUGGAUCCCGUAAUAUCCAAUAAUACUAUAAAUGAUUCAAUAAUUAUUGUCACAUCCGAAUCUUCAGGUUCACUUACCGAACAACCCCAGAAAUCUAAAUCGGCUCCGGAAAUAAGGAAAAUCCAAUCGCAAGUUAAAACUGAACAAAUAACCAAAUCGGGCUGUUGCAUUAUUAUGUAACUGCACUCUAUCGGGAACUUUAUAGAAUUAUAUACACUUUGCAUCACCUAAUUUAAUUUUUAAUUAUAUUAUUAUUAUUAAUUUCAAACUUUAAUUAAAUACA